AUGCCCAGCGUCACUCCUCACCAGGGAAAUACACAUCAAAACCACAACGAGACGCCGCCUCGCACCGUCGGAACGGCUGAUGUAGCCACUCCGGCGACGGCAGGCGGUGGCGAGGACGCGGAGGAGGAGAGCCCUCUCGCGCGGCUGCGGGGACGCAAACCGGGUCCUCAGAGAAUGAGAAAUAGAACUGCCCUCCGACCCAGCGAUGGCACUAGCCUGUCCCUUACGGUGACACGCUCCCCAAGCCUCAGAUCACAGCCCUCAGGCACCUUCACCAUCAGUGGCCUUCGACCCUGCUCGUCCCUGGGGUCUGAGCACCUGUCUCCGGCCAGGAGGAACUGCUCUGGGAAGGACCCCCUAGAGGCCCGGAUCGUGGAGGUGGGCAGGCGGUGGUGCAGGGGGGUGGGCCGCGGAGGCGCAGACGGCGCCCCCCUCAGCGAGCUCUCCUGGUCGUCCUCCCUGGCGGUGGUGGCCGUGUCUUUCUCCGGGCUCUUCACUGUCAUCGCCCUCAUGCUGGCCUGUCUGUGCUGUAAGAAGGGUGGAAUCGGGUUCAAGGAGUUUGAGAAUGCUGAGGGGGAAGAAUUCGCCGCCGGCUUCUCGGCACAGGGCUCCCCGGCCACAGGGGCGCAGAACGGGCCGGACGUGUACGUGCUGCCGCUCACCGAGGUCUCCCUGCCCAUGGCCAAGCAGCCGGGGCGCUCAGUGCAGCUGCUCAAGUCCACAGACCUGGGCCGGCACAGCCUCUUGUACCUGGAGGAGGUUGGUCACGGCUGGUUCGGGAAGGUGUUCCUGGGGGAGGUGAACUCGGGCCUCAGCAGCACGCAGGUGGUGGUGAAGGAGCUGAAGGCGAGCGCCAGCGUGCAGGAGCAGAUGCAGUUCCUGGAGGAGGCGCAGCCCUACAGGGCUCUGCAGCACAGCAACCUGCUUCAGUGCCUGGCGCAGUGCGCGGAAGUGACCCCCUACCUGCUGGUGAUGGAGUUCUGCCCCAUGGGGGACCUCAAGGGCUACCUGCGAAGCUGCCGGCUGGCGGAGUCCAUGGCGCCCGACCCCUUGACCCUGCAGCGCAUGGCCUGCGAGGUGGCCUGUGGCGUCCUGCACCUGCAUCGCAACAACUAUGUGCACAGGGACCUGGCCCUGAGGAACUGCCUGCUCGCAGCCGACCUGACGGUGAAGAUCGGCGACUACGGCCUGUCCCACGGCAAAUACAGAGAGGACUACUUUGUGACCGCUGACCAGUUGUGGGUGCCGCUGCGCUGGAUCGCACCCGAGCUGGUGGACGAGGUGCACUGCAACCUGCUGGUGGUGGACCAGACCAAGGCCAGCAACGUAUGGUCCCUGGGUGUGACCAUCUGGGAGCUCUUCGAGCUGGGCGCGCAGCCCUACCCCCACCACUCCGACCGGCAGGUGCUGGCCUACGCGGUCCGGGAGCAGCAGCUGAAGCUCCCCAAGCCGCAGCUGCAGCUGACGCUGUCUGACCGCUGGUACGAGGUGAUGCAGUUCUGCUGGCUGCAGCCCGAGCAGCGGCCCACGGCGGAGGAGGUGCACCUGCUGCUGUCCUACCUCUGCGCCAAGGGCGCCACCGAGGCAGAGGAGGAAUUCGAGCGGCGCUGGCGCUCGCUGCGGCCGGGC